GCCUGACUGGGUUCUGCGUAUUCCAUGGCGGUGAAGCCUUUGCCAUCCGUACCGGUGACCAUCCCCCAUGGCGCCUGAGGUUGGAAGUAAGAAUGAUUUUGAGGACAGUGAGUCCAAAGAGACCAUCUGGGUCCGGCCGAAAACUCUGGCAGCAGCCGUUGCUGUAGUGCUCCCGUUGAUCCUUUGGCCGAGGUUGGAAUGGCUAUACCUCGCUUUGGCAUUGAUUCUUCUCUUCCUGGAGUCGGCCUGUGUGAAGAAGGAAGCUGAGUGCAAAGAGCUUGAGGGAUACAGAGAAAAAUUGGAGGAAAGUGCAAAGGAAGUGGAGGAGGAGAUGGUACGUUCUGAAGAUUCAGGAAGCCGAUUGCAACCUGAUCCGUGCAACCCACCGGUGGCGGAGGAUAGCGGGUGAAUCUGUCCACGCUUCCAGCUUUGGCCCAGAGGCAACUCAAGCAACACAGGUCGGCCGAAAUCACCACCUUCAACAGCUUCAGCGGACUGCGAAGGUUCUGCUGCUUUGUUUCCAAUGGAGUUCUAGUCCAGAUCCUUGGCGUUGGUGAAACUUCAGACAAAGGCGACAAUCCUCGGCAUCAGCAUCUUCACCGGCCCAGGCCAAAAGCAUCUUCGAGACCUUACUGUCUGAGCACGAGAAGCAUGACAUGAAAGAGACACUGUGAGAACAGUCAAAA